AUGAUCGAUAUCGAGACUGGACGGACGUUUACAUUCGAGGCCUUCAAUAAGGAAUGCAAUCGAUACGCAAAUUUCUUUCAAGUAACGGGACCGAUUGAGUCUAUGAGUUUCUUGUGA